CAUACACAUAUAUUUUAUUUAGUUUGAUAAAAAAUUUAAAUAAAAUAUGUAUAAAUUUAAGAGCUGUAGUGACACAGAAAACGAAAUAUCUAGAGGCCCAUUAAUUUUUACCCAACUGGAAACUACAGCUAACGUUUUAAUAAGUGAAACUUUCGAACUGCAGCAAGAAUUCGAAAGAAAAACUAAAUUUGUAAAUGAACAAUUUAAAAAAAUUUGUAGAAAUGAAAAAGAAAUUAUAAAUAUUUUUUAUAUGUUGGAGGUUGUGCAACAACAAUUCUCCAAAGUUGAAGAGGAAUUAAAAACAAUCGCAUGUAUGUUGCAACAAUUCUACGCCAAGGUGCAACAUUUAGAAGUUCUUAGUCAAAUGGAAACCUUUUGUAUGAAAAGCCAUUGUAUCUGUGGUCAUUAUGGCCUUUGUAAUUGCAAAACAGAACGUAAAAUUUUCCUGGAAUUGUUAGAAGAAACAAAUAGAAAAAUGGAAAAUCUACCGAGUGUUUUAGAUGAUAUGAAAGAGCUGCAAGAAUAUGAAAGAUUAAAAAAUCCGUAUAUCGAAAUAUUUGCCAUUUUAAAUCUUCAUUGUAUCCUACUUAAUAAUAUUGAGAAAAAAUUAGAUUUAUUAACAGACAAGUGGGCUAGCAUAGAAUUACUGCAGAAAAAAGCAAAUAAAAGAUUAUUACUGUAAUAACAUUAUGUAACUAUUAUUGUAAUUAUUCUUUCAAAUCAAUUUGUUAGAAUUUUUAAUUAAUAUAAUUGCAAAUAAUCUUCUCCAUAUGUUACCUUUUAGACAUUUUUCAUGCAAUACCCAAUAGUAGACAAAUCAUUUACUUACCUAAAAAGAAAGAUAAUAAAU